AUGGUGGUCCGUGAUGAAGAGGAGCAUGGGACCAUGGGUGCAGGGGAGCAUGGGACCAUGGGUGCAGGGGAGCAUGGGACCAUGGGUGCAGGGGAGCACGGGACCAUGGGUGCAGGGGAGCAUGGGACCAUGGGUGCAGGUAUGCAUGGGACCAUGGGUGCAGGGGAGCAUGGGACCAUGGGUGCAGGGGAGCAUGGGACCAUGGGUGCAGGGGAGCAUGGGACCAUGGGUGCAGGUCUGCAUGGGACCAUGGGUGCAGGGGAGCAUGGGACCAUGGGUGCAGGGGAGCAUGGGACCAUGGGUGCAGGUCUGCAUGGGACCAUGGGUGCAGGGGAGCAUGGGACCAUGGGUGCAGGGGAGCAUGGGACCAUGGGUGCAGGGGAGCAUGGGACCAUGGGUGCAGCGCGGGGGCGGGGAGUGGAAGCGGAGGGGAAGGCGGAGUGGAAGCGGGGGGGAAGGCGGAGUGGAAGCGUGGGGGAAGGCGGAGUGGAAGCGUGGGGGAAGGCGGAGUGGAAGCGUGGGGGAAGGCGGAGUGGAAGCGUGGGGGAUGCUUUGGGGAGCAUAAGAGUAUCGGAUCAGCGGGGCAUCGGAGCAAGGGAGAAGCACAACGGGGGAGCAGCGAGGCGCGGGAGGGAAGAGGAGCAUUUCGGGAGGGGUUGCCUCCCUUACCAUCGCAACUACAGAGUGUCCAGAGUGGGAGAGUACCCCACUCUGGACACCAUCCCGCCCAAUAUCGAGCCUGAUCGGGUCGAAAACCCGCGCCUCCGUCACGUUGACCUCGCCCGCUGGUGUUUCUCUCAAUACGGCUUGCGUCCGGACCGCUCCACCGUCGGCCGCAUUUUGAAAAGCGCCGAACGCUGGGCUGUCACGGCAACGGGCGACAACCAUGUUCGCCGUCGAGGUGGCGCGUGGCCUGAGCUGGAACAGGCCAUGGCGCGUUGGAUUGCAAACGCCGGACCCGCUGGCGUUCCUCUAACGCUGCAGACGAUCCGCGACCACGUUGCGACAAUGGCGCGGAACAUGGGCAUCCCGCCCGGCUUCCGCUGCUCCAUUGGCUGGGUGCGCCGUGCGUUGCGGUGCCAGGGGGUGAGAUGUCGUGCAUCGGCAGGCGAGGCUGCCAGCGCCGACAUGGCUGUCGUGCGUGACGCCCGCGACAAGCUGCCGCACCUGCUCACGCACCUCAGCCUCAGCCCGCGCGACACUUACAAUCUGGACGAGACAGCCCUCUGGCUGUCUGUGCUGCCGCGGAGGACUUACAGCAACGCCCGCAUACCAGGGCGCAAAAUCUCCAAGGACCGCCUAACCGUGGCGUUUCUCGUGAACGCGGACGGGAGCCACGCAUUCCGGCCGUUGGUCAUCAGCAAGGCGAGGCGCCCCCACGACUUCCGCCCGGAUUACGACCCCGAAGCCGUCUGCUAUUGGCGGCACAACGCCAAGGGUUGGAUGACCGCUCCAACCUUCACGGCACUGUGGAACGACGACGGUGCGACGAGCGCCGUCGCACGGUACCGCCCCAACCUGCGCGACGUCCUGGGGUGGCUCUCGGACGCAUGGAUGAGCGUCGGUGCGCGCACCAUCCAGAGGUGCUGGUGGCGCACUAGAUGCCUGCCGCUGUCGUGGUCGCUGGAGUUGACCCAUGUUCACGACGACGAGCCGACCCCGCAUCCCUAUCCCGACAUCGAGCUCGAUGAAGACAUCAACGACGUCGGAACUCUCAUUAGCUCCCUCGGUCUCGGGAACGGCGCGAUGACCGCCGCGAAAUACGUGGCGAUCGACGACGGUGAGCCAACGUCCGCCGAGACCGCGGCGGAGCUUCUGACUGAUGAGCCGGAAGCGGCCUUGGUGGCGACGCUAUGGAGGGCGCCGACCACGAUGCAGGCGGUGUACGACGAUGCGGACCCCGUGGGCCGUGAAGCACGACGCACUGCCCGGGCGGCCUGUGAGAUGCUCAUCGGCUAUGCGCGCGCCGUGAGCGUGACGCCGCGCGACCUCUGCUACCUCUUCGACAUACGCAAUCCCGUCAUCCUCGAGCGCAUGGAGCGGGCAAGCCCCCCCAUUAAUCUCAACAUGGCCCCGCCGCGUGUGCUCACUCCGGGCUCAACGCCCACGCCCGACACCCUUCGUCCGCGCGGCCGUGUGCUGCCUGGCUGGAUGACCCAGCCAUCCCGCCGGCAGCAGCUGCUGGACGGCGGUGUUGGCGCCGCCAUGGGCGGGUAG